AUGAUGAAGAAGAAGUCGGGCAUCUCCAUCCGCGCUUAUGCAGCUGCGGCUUCAGCGACGGCACGACGCGAGCCACAGAACCCUGUUCGCCGUCCACAGCAAAUUGAUAGUGCACUUCAAGUGCUCAUGGAAGAGCGAGAGCGGGCCACCCUUCAGAAGGCUAUUGACAGUCGGCCGAUUAAUACAAAACGGAAGUACGAGGGCUACCAAAAGGAGUUUGUAGAGUGGAGCCAAUUGAUGGGGUUUGGCGAUGGUGUUACUGCCACUGGUAGCAAGCUUCAUCUCUUUUUGGACACCCAAGUCGUAGGCAGAGAGUCGAAGAAGAAGAAGAAGGGUAAAGUCAUUGGGGGCAUCAACGGUCAGGUGGCGAACAAGAUGAACGCUAACGACCACCCUCGCACGUACAAGGUAAAACAACUGCUCUCAACCGUCCAGGCGGAAACUACGGCGACACGGAAAAAAACUACACCGAUCGCGGCGUGGGAUCGUUGCUAG